GCCAACCCGGGCUGUGCCGAGCUGCUCCCUGCGGGAUCAGAGCGCUCCCCCGCCGGGACCCUUCUCUCACAUCCCCCUGCUGGGACGCGGCUACAUUUCCAGCCAAGCACUGCCUGCCUUGGCUUUAUUAUGUGUGUCUGCGCCGCAGCCCCGCCAGCAGAGGCAGGCAGAGGAGGAGGAGGAGGGAGACUGGUAGCCAGAAGAGUCAGGACAAAGAAAAAGCAGGGAGACAGAGGCUAGCGAAGGGUUAGAACUGGGAGAAAAUAUUCAUACCACCGGCAGGGCAAUUGGGGAAAUAUUAACAAAAAAAAAAAAAAAAGAAAAGAAAGAAAGCGUGGGUUUGUAAAAGCAGAAUAUUCCCCUCGGGGGUGGAGAUGCAAGAGGGGAAGAGCGCAAUGUCCAUGCCACCAGACCACCACCACUACCACCACUACUAGUGUAGAAUAACAGGACGGAAACACCGGAGUCCGGUCGGUUCGGGUCGGUGGAGCGCAAAGAAAAAAACCCAAACAGACUGAAAUAGUUUCGACACACUUUCAAAAAAACAACAACCUCGACGAAGACGCGAGGAGCGCACGGGAAGACGCGACAUUUACCCCCGAAAGCUCCUUUUUUUUUUUUUUUUUUUGCCUCCCGUUUCUGCGCCACCGUCACCACCUCCUCACCUGGACCGUUACGCACCGCCGUGGCACCGGGACUCCGACCGCGCGCGGCUGUCACACGCGCAAGGAACCUGCUCAGGUGUGUUUGUUUGUUUGUUUGUUUGCCGCUGCUGCUGCUGCUGCUGCGCGUGGCUGUGGCUGUGGGCAGCUCGCGCCCCGGUAACUGCAGCUGAGAAAGUCGGGAGCUGCACGAGCCACCGCCGCCGACGCGUCAACGGAACAGCGGAACGGAACAGGAACGGGAACGGAGAAGGAAAAACAGGCUGAACCGGGACGUAAAAAACGGGAAGUUGGUGCCGUUUAUUCUACAGGUUGCGUAAAAAAAAAAAAAAAAAAAAAAAAAAAGCUCGAAGGGAAGGAAAGGAAAACACACCGGAGGAGCACGAGCUGAGCGUCGCCUCCUCAGUCCCGGUUGCAUCGGGUGUUUUUUUUUUUUUUUUUGUAAUAUCCGUGGACUAACGGCCGGUCGGUUCCCCGCUCACACAGACUCGAGCUGCCGCAUUGCAACAGGCGAAGAAGAAGCAGCAGCAGCGAAGUGGAGGAAAGAAGGAGGAGGAGGAGGAGGAAAAAGAGAAGCCGACGGUGUCCUGGUCCAUGGUUAACGGAAAACACGGAACGGAACAAAAACAAUUAGAGAAAGAAAAAAAAAAUUACUAAAACAGUUUGAGUCCAGAGAUGUCUAGACGAAAACAGGCCAAACCGCGCUCCGUUAAAGCGGUGGAAGAAGGGGAGUCUUCAGAGUGUGCAGGGACCUGGGACGAAUCAACCGUCCAGACAGAAGUCCCUGCCUCUGACAGAGAAGGGGAACCCAAAGAGGGUCAGAGGCCGAUCGCUGAGGAUGGAGAACAAGAGGAACACGAAGACCGCGACGACAGAGAUCACGACGACGACCUAGAUGAUGAGUCCAUCUUCACCUGUGACAACUGUCAGCAGGACUUCGACUGUUUGGCUGAGCUCACCGAACACAGAACCAACCACUGCCCGGCUGAUGGCGAUGAUGACCCAGCGGGGCUUUCCUGGGUGCCUUCCUCGCCCUCGAGUAAAGAUGUGGCGUCGCCUUCGCAGAUACCUGACGGUUGCUGUGACCUCGGCAUGGCCACCGGCGGUGAGGAGGAAGGAGGCGCAGGUCUGCCGUACCCCUGCCAGUUCUGUGACAAGUCCUUCAGCCGCCUGAGCUACCUGAAGCGCCACGAGCAGAUCCACAGCGACAAACUGCCUUUCAAGUGCACCUUCUGCAGCCGCCUGUUCAAACACAAGCGGAGCAGAGACCGCCACGUCAAACUCCACACAGGAGAUAAGAAGUAUAGUUGUCAGGAGUGUGAAGCUGCAUUUUCCCGCUCUGAUCAUCUGAAAAUCCAUCUCAAGACACACAGCUCCAGCAAACCAUUUAAGUGCAGUGUGUGUAAGCGUGGCUUCUCCUCUACUUCGUCGCUGCAGAGCCACAUGCAGGCUCACCGUAAGAACAGAGAACACCUUGCACUGAGAAGUGAGAGGGAUGGAGGGAAGAAGGGAGGCGGAGGAGAGGGCGACCUGGAGCAGGACCUGUAUAUGUGCGAUUACUGCGAGGAGACGUUCAGCCAGACCGACGAGUUGGAGAAACACGUCCUGACCAGACACCCCCAGCUGUCCGACAGAGCCGACCUGCAAUGCAUUCACUGUCCGGAGAUCUUCCUAGACGAGGCUUCUCUGCUCACACAUAUUGAAACCCAGCAUGCCAACCGCAAACACAAGUGUCCUGUCUGCUCAGAACAAUUUCCUUCUGUGGAGGACGUCUACUGCCACCUCGACAGCCACCGCCAACCCGACUCGUCCAAUCACAGCGCUGCCAGUCCAGACCCGGCGCUAGGCAGCGUGGCUUCAAUGAGCUCAGCCACUCCAGACUCCAGCGCCAGCCUGGAGAGAGGCUCCACGCCCGACUCCACCCUAAAGCCCAGCCAGGGGAGCGAACGGGGCCGCAGAAGAGGCGCUGACGCUGGGGAGGAGAUGGGGAUAAGCCUGGGCCAUCAAGGUGGAGGUGGAGGAGGGAACUGGGGUAAAGUGACGUACUCUUGCCCUUACUGCUCCAAGAGAGACUUCCACAGCCUGGCCGUGUUGGAAAUCCACUUGAAGACCAUACAUGCAGAUAAACCCCAGCAGAGUCACACAUGUCAACUGUGCCUGGACACUUUGCCCACGCUCUACAACCUCAACGAACACGUACGCAAAGCUCACCGUGCUAGCGGAGGAGGUGUGGGUGCAGCGGCGGCGGCGUUCCCCCUGCUGCAGUUCACCAAUGUCACAGCCUUUCACUGUAACUACUGCCCGGACAUGUUCGGAGACAUCAACUCUCUGCAAGAACACAUCCGAGUAUCGCACUGCCUGCCUGGGGGGAUCGUGGCGGGAUCCACCACAUUAGAAGGGAACCAUGCUUUCUUCUGCAACCAGUGCUCCAUGGGAUUCCUGACAGAGUCUUCGUUGACAGAACACAUCCAGCAAACACACUGCACCUCUGCUGCAGGGGGAGGAGCCGCCUCCGGAGGAGCUGUGGCCAAACUGGAGUCACCAGUACUCCAGGCAGCCUCCCAAUCUUUCAUGGAGGUUUACUCCUGCCCUUACUGCACCAACUCUCCUAUCUUCGGCUCACUCCUCAAGCUAACCAAGCACAUAAAGGAGAACCACAAAAACAUUCCGCUGGCGAACAACAAACGGCAGGCCAAGGUCGCCGACCUAAGCCCCGCCUCCUCUGAUGUCGAGAUCUCCUCCCCGAAACGUCACAGACUGGGAGGGGACUCCACCCCCUCCAUGGGGAGCAACGGGGACUAUCCGUGCAACCAGUGUGACCUGCGGUUUUCCAGUUUUGAGGGUUUCCAGGCUCAUCUGAAGUCGCACCUGGAGAUGCUGUUACGACGCCAGUCCUGCCCCCAGUGCAACAAGGAGGACUUCGAAUCCCAGGAGGCAUUGCUGCAACACCUGACAGUGCACUACACCACCACGUCAACCCAGUAUGUGUGCGAGAGCUGCGAUAAGCAGUUCUCGUCGGUGGAUGACCUACAGAAACACUUGCUGGACAUGCAUACAUUUGUUCUGUACCACUGCACUCUGUGCCAGGAGGUGUUCGACUCCAAGGUCUCCAUUCAGGUUCAUUUGGCGGUGAAGCACAGCAAUGAGAAGAAGCUGUUUCGCUGCACAGCCUGUGCCUGGGACUUCAGGAAGGAGACUGACCUUCAGCUCCAUGUGAAGCAUAACCACCUGGGUCAAAGGUCAGGCCUGCCAGGGGGGCUCGGAGCAGGUCUUAAGCCCCGUAAGUGUAUUUUCUGUGGGGAGACAUUCGGAACUGAAGUGGAGCUCCAGUGCCACAUCACCACACACAGCAAGAAAUUCACAUGUCGCUUCUGCGGCAAAGCUUUCCACGCCAUUUCACUGCUAGAGAGACACCUGAGAGAGAAGCACUGCAUCUUCGACGGCGGCAACAUAACCGGUAAUGGAGGGGGCACGGGGAGCAGCGGGAGCCAGAACGGGACCCCCAACGGGCUGGCGCAAUCCUCCAAGCGAGGAGGAGGUGGAGGCGGAGGAGGCGGAAGUGGCGGUAAUGGAGGAGCAGGAGGUGUUGAGAGAGCCACGGUGGCGGCCAGCGAACAGGCCGACCUUCAGAACAUGCUGCUAAAGAGCGGAGUAGUGGGAGGGGCCGGCGGCCAAGGCGGAGACACGGCCAACAGCCACGAGGCCAGCGGCGGCGAGGAGGAGCUGGACAAUUCCGAGCCCAUGUACGCCUGCGAUAUUUGUGGAGCGGCGUACACCAUGGAGUCGCUGCUGCAGAACCACAGGCUGAGGGACCACAACAUCCGACCUGGAGAAGACGACGCUGGUUCACGAAAGAAGAAGGCCGACUUCAUUAAAGGAAACCACAAGUGUAACGUGUGCUCCAGGACGUUCUUUUCUGAGAACGGGCUUCGUGAGCAUGCUCAGACGCACCGCGGCCCCGCUAAACACUACAUGUGUCCGAUAUGUGGCGAGCGUUUCCCUUCUCUGCUAACCCUCACUGAACACAAGGUGACGCACAGUAAAAGCCUGGACACGGGAACCUGUCGAAUCUGUAAGAUGCCUCUGCAGAGCGAGGAGGAGUUCAUCGAACAUUGCCAGAUGCAUCCGGACCUCCGUAACUCCCUGACGGGCUUCCGCUGCGUCGUGUGCAUGCAGACCGUCACCUCCACCCUGGAACUGAAGAUCCACGGCACCUUCCACAUGCAGAAGCUCUCCACUGGUUCUGCACUUGGAGGACCUGGAGCAGGAAGUGGGAAUGGAGGAGGAGGUGGAGGAGGAGGAGGAGGGAAUGGCUCAGCCUCUUCAUCCCCCAAUGGGCAGCUGCAGCAACACAAGCUGUAUAAAUGCGCUUUUUGCCUGAAGGAGUUCAAGAACAAAGGGGAGCUGGUGAAGCUGGAUGUCAACGGCCUGCCUUAUGGCCUCUGUGCCGGCUGCAUGAGCAGGGGCACAAACGGCCAGAGCCCAAACCAGGGAGGAGCCGCCACGCCCGGGGACACGCAGGGGGAGAAGGCCAUGGCCGGGCUGAGGUGUCCGGAGUGCGGGGUGAAGUUUGAAAGCCUGGAGGACUUGGAGAGUCACGUCCAGACAGACCACCCUGAGGUCAGCCCCGAAACCAGCGCCGCAGGGAAGAAGGCCGAGGCUUCACCCGCACCCAAGAAAAAGACCUACCAGUGUAUCAAAUGCCAAAUGACUUUCGAGACGGAAAGAGAGAUCCAGAUUCACGUGGCGAAUCACAUGAUCGAAGAGCCCACCGGUCGGCAAGAGGAGGGCAUCAAUCACGAGUGCAAGCUGUGUAACCAGAUGUUUGAUUCACCUGCCAAGCUGCUUUGCCACCUGAUAGAGCACAGCUUCGAAGGCAUGGGAGGUACCUUCAAGUGUCCCGUCUGCUUCACAGUGUUUGUGCAGGCCAACAAGCUCCAACAGCACAUUUUCGCUGUGCACGGCCAGGAAGACAAGAUCUACGACUGUUCCCAGUGUCCGCAGAAGUUCUUCUUUCAGACUGAACUACAGAACCACACACUGAGUCAGCACGCGCAGUGAGACCGAGGCCCGGCAGGAUCUCUCGGCUCAGCCGGGGCCCCCGACCCGGAGCCGGCAGGGGACCCCCAUCUCCACAUCACAGCCAAUCAAAGUGUCAUUUGCUACUCACAUGUAAAACUCUAACGAUCGCGCCACUGGGCGCGGCUAUUAGGAGCAGCGGGGGAAAGGAAUAUUAAUGGGAUAUGCUAUUAAAUAAAGAAAGGAAAAAGUGGGUGAGGGAAACGGUAAGAGCUAGAUGAAGGAGAGAGAGGAGUGAAAAAAGGUAUUGUACGUGCAGUAUUUUUUAUUGUCCCGACCAGCCCCCCCACCCCUCACCCACCCACCAGCUUCUUCCCCCUCCCUUUGUCCUUUCCUCUCCUCCCUCCAAUCUCUUCCCAGGUCAUGCAUUUUAUUUUUUUUAUCAAAUAAAAAAUGAAAAAAGUGAGAAAACACCCUUUUGUUUUUGAGAUUUUUUUUUUAAUAGAUCGUAGGAAAAGGCUUCACUUUCUUGUCCCCUCAGUUGCUUAUUGUACUCAGCCUCAUAGACGCCGAUUCGUUGGACUUUUCUUUCCACCAUAUGUGCUUCUUUUCUUCCUUUUCAUUUUUGUACUUUUAAUUUCUUGCCGUAAGUAGGUACUUGUGCUGUGUUGUGAUCGUUUGUUUGCCAGUCGUAAUAUUCCUGAGUUCUCCCCCUCUUACCCCCCCUCCCCCAAACCCCAACCCCAACCCUUCCAACUCUCCUUUUUAUGAUUAUUAUUAUAUAUUUUUUCCUUUUUGUAAUUACUAUGAAAAAAAAAGACAUGAAACAAAAUAAAGUGCAGAAAACCAUACAGAUGUUUCAUUUUUUUGGAUUGGGUUUUCCAGU